CUUUGUUAUAACCUAUUUUUAUUUAUUGUUGUUUUUGUUCUACAUUCUUGAACUAUGGAUACAAUUUCUACAGAAAAUAUUUGUAUGGGAGUAAAUCAAACAAAUAUAAAUCCCUAUGUAAAUUCAGUUGACUUCUUGUCUGAAGGAUUGUUGCACAUAUAUCAGCCCAGUCUAACAAAUGUAAAAAAGCAAUUAAAGGAGUUGACAGACAAACAAAAAGCGAUUCUAGAUCAAUUACAUGAAGAAAAUUUAUCUUUAUCUAAAAACCAGUACAGUGCAGACCUUGAAGAAAUAUUUAAUAAAAUGAAAGUAUACCAAACUAAAUUAUUGAAUAUAAAAAAAGACAUUAAAGUUUUACAUGAUAGGAGUACAAAAUUGAAGAAACGUGCUUUAAAGCUGCAACAAUUAAAAGAAAAAGAGGAAUAUUUUAAACAACAAAAGGAAUUGAAAAUAAAGAAAGAGGAGGAAUUAAUAGGCCCUUCUAAAAUGACAGUUGACUAGUAUUAAAUGUAAUGUUA